ACAUUUUUGAUUGGUUAUACCACCCUUCCCCUUCAAUUGAAAAGAAACUGUCAAAUCUCGUUUUACUACAGUAAAUCGUUUUGAAUCGUUGUUCAGUUUAGAAAAUUCGAAAAUUUGGAUUUAGUAAGUUUAGACAAUUGUAUGUCUUAUCGACAUGGGUUAUAGGAUAAGAUUCCUGUUUUUGGUAUUUCUAAUAUAUAGUACUGUAUCAAGCGAAAAUAUUGAUGAUGAAGAUGUGACUGUAGAAACUGUUGAUGAAUCUGUACCAGAUAUACAAUAUGAAAGUCCUCUUCCUUUAGAUCCUAAAAAAGUAUAUUUCGCAGAACACUUUGAUGAUGUUGAUCAAUUUAAUAAACGUUGGAUUAAAUCCCAAGCGAAAAAAGAAGGAAUAGAAGAAGAUAUAGCCAAAUACGAUGGUCGAUGGGAGUUAGAAAGUGCAACCAAGGAUAGUUUACCAAAUGAUAAUGGUUUAGUUUUAAAAACCAAAGCUAAACAUGCGGCCAUUUCUGCAUCAUUGUCAAAACCAUUUGUAUUUACUGAUAAACCUCUGAUUUUGCAAUAUGAAGUCCUUUUACAAGAUGGACAAGAAUGUGGUGGAUCCUAUUUGAAAUUAUUGAGUGAAGGACCUGACUCAAAGAAUUUGAAGAACUUCCAUGACAAAACACCAUACACCAUUAUGUUUGGUCCUGAUAAAUGUGGCAAUGAUCAUAAGUUGCACUUUAUCUUUAAACAUAGAAAUCCAUUAAAUGGUAGUUUAGAAGAGAAACAUUGUCAAAAACCAAAAGAACGAUUAGAAGAAUAUUUUACAGAUAAAUUGCCACAUUUAUAUAAAUUGGUUCUCAACCCUGACAACACAUUUGAAAUUUCUGUAGAUAAAAAAAUUGUAAAUUCAGGCAGUUUACUUGAAGAUUUUGUUCCUCCUGUUAAUCCACCCGCAGAAAUUGAUGAUCCCAAUGAUAAGAGACCAGAAGAUUGGGAUGAAAGAGAGAAAAUACCAGAUCCAGAAGCCACAAAACCAGAUGAUUGGGACGAAGAUGCUCCUCCUCAAAUAUUUGAUGAAUCUGCUGUUAUGCCAGAUGGUUGGUUGGAAAACGAACCGUCUCAUAUUCCUGAUCCAGAUGCUAUUAAACCUGCGGAUUGGGAUACCGAUAUGGAUGGUGAAUGGGAACCACCUUUGAUUGAAAAUCCAGCAUGUAAAACUGCUGCAGGCUGUGGACAUUGGGAACCUCCACUAAUUAAUAAUCCCGCUUACAGAGGUAAAUGGAGGGCGCCCUUGAUUGACAAUCCUAAUUAUAAAGGAAAAUGGAGACCAAAGAAAAUCCCAAAUCCUGAUUACUUCAAUGACCAGAAUCCCUUUAGAAUGACUACUGUGACCGCUGUUGGUUUUGAGUUAUGGUCUAUGUCUCAGGAUAUACUUUUUGAUAAUAUCCUUAUUACAGAAGAUAUAAAUGUAGCAGAAAAGUGGGCCUCAGAUACUUUUGAUAAGAAGCGCCAAAAAAUUGCAAAGGAUUCGGAAAGCUUUGUCCAGAGGUUGGCCGGUCUAACCAAUGAGUACCCAAUUCUGUGGGCAGUUUACAUAAUUGUACUUGCUGUACCUGUUGUAUUUAUUUUGUACCUAUGCUGCAAACCCAGUUCCUCGGCUAGUCAAAUACAGGAAAAUGAGGAAUUACUUCGAGCAGCAGAAAGAAAGAAGACUGAUGAAGUAACUGAGGGCGUUGAAGAAGAAAAAGAAGAGAACGAAGUAGAUGAAGUUGAGGGUGAAGAUGAAGAUAAUGAAGAAGAUAAAGAAAAAAAUUCUGAACCUGAUUCAGAAGAAGAUAAUGAAGCUCAAGAGCUUGGAGAGGGUGAACCAAAGACUAAACCAGUGGGCGAAGGUACUAGAAAGAGAAAAGUUAGGAAAGAAUAAAAUAUAGCACUUUUUCGUGUACAUUAUCGCAUAUACCAAAAAGAUCUAAAUGGUUUUUAUAAAUUGUGAUUGCGUAAGGGGUUAGCUGAAAUUAUAAGUUUUUUUUUCUAAAUAUAAUGUCAUUAGAUGUAGAUCACCUUGUACAUGUCUGUUUUGUUUGUAACUGUUUUUUGAAUCUAAUGAAUGGUAAUUAUUUGUAUAAAAAAAGGAAAAUGGAAAGUGUUAUAGUUGUUAUUUUUAAUCAAUAGAUUAAUUAUGUCUCAAUAAAGGUUUCUAUUCAAUGAAGAAACGUUAAUAAAUAUGAGGUGAAAAAAUAAUUUAAACUUGCAAACAUGAUUUUAUGAGCUUCUGUCGAAUUAAUAUCGAUUUUGUACUGUAAGCAUUGAAAAUUUUUCCUAAAAUCCAUAAAUCAGUGGAUAGAAUCUAUUACAGUCAAUGAAUGCGUUUGUAUCUAAGUUAUAGUCUAGAAAAAAGCAUUUGGAAAUUGAGGUUACAAUUAUUGGACAUCAGUUAGAGUCAGAAGAAAAAAGCUGCAUUCGGCGAUUUAGAUAAUGAUUAGGAUUUCAUUAAAUAAGGAUUUAAGUGUCAUUUAAGUCAUAGUUUUUACACAAAGUUAAUAUUUUCAAUAUUUUAAUUAUAUUCACUCUACAUACCAAUGCUCCUCAGCUCCUUAUCAUCUCUUACAAGUACGUGAUCAGUGUCCUAUUAUUUCAAUACUGUUAAUCUAAACAUGACACUUCACGCCUUUUUUCUUAGUACUUAUUCAGUGAAUGCAUUAAAGUUUGUAGACUAUGGACAGUUCAGACAUGGGAGCAGAAGUGUUGAUAGGCAUUAUUAUUUGAAUGUAAGAAAAUCAGUAGAAGAGAAUGUAUAAAAUGAUAAUCUAAAAUAAAAUAAAACAUAACAACACCACUCAAUAAUUCAUGUGACUAACUAAGAAAAAUAUAAUUUUUGCCAAAAUUCGAUCUUAGUCAAGAGCUAUAUAAUCAUUCCAAGCUUCUCUAACUUUUACCGUGUUGUAGAAGCAUUUUUUUGAGAUCAGCGAAUAGACAUUAGUCACUGUGGACCAAAUCUGGACUUUAUGAUGGAUGAGGAAGCGAUUCCAAUGUAAUUCCAGCAUUUUCACCAUUGUUGCCAUCAACUUGUGAAUCGGUGAAUUGUCUUGGUGAAAAAGUGGUUUUUUAUUCAACAUACGAGACCUUUUUUCCUCGAUUUUUGCAUUCAAACGAUCUAAUAAAUCUAUCUAGUAUUCGCUAUUGAUUGCCUUGAGUAGAUGAAUAAUAUUCCAUGCACAUCCCAAAAUAUUGAAGCCAUAACCUUCAUAGCUGAAUGUUGUGCCUUUGAUUCAGAUGAUGAUCGUUUUGAUUCCGGAGUGAAGUGAUAGAUCCAUGUUUCUUUUGAAAGUUGGUACUUCAUAAAUGUCUUAUGGAUUUGACAAUGGCAGCGUUAUCUGUGUAUCAGUCACACGACUUAUUGAGUGAUGUAAUACACUCUCCAUUUCUGAUAAAAAUUUUUGUCACAAGUUGUGUAAAGAUAUAAAAUAUCUUAAUUCUUAACUCUUUAUUAUUGUUGAAAGAUAUUAAUUCAAGCUACUUACUAAGUAUGUAGAUUCAACUAACUGGAACUUGUUCGAUUAGUAGAAAAUACAACUGUUAACACAUAGUAUGUUUUGUUCUAUUAUUCCAAGGACGUCCUAAAGUAUGUAACAUACUCUAUUAUCUAAUAAAGUUAAUUGAAAGAUUUUCAAAAUAUCAAAUAUUCUGUAAGGGAAGUGGUAAUAGUUCUUAAAACAUCCAGUUUAUCUUUAUUUCAAAGACUAUUUUUGAAGGAUGUUGGACAAGAAUAUGUCAUAGUUCCUGUCAUAAUAUAUUUCUUAAUAGCGUAAUAUACAUUACAGUAAAUUUAUUAAUGAACAAUUAAAUUAUUGAUGAGAAUGGUAAGAUUUUUGUAUAUAUUUUUUAUGUAUUGCUAAAUAUUGUCAGGACCAAUUGUAAGAAUUUUGUUCGAGCUGAAUAAAGUUACAGGAGUACAC